GACACUUUCAGGCAUGAAAAAACUACUUUUUAAUUGGUGAGACGGGAAAAACAAGACUUGUUACAUCUCUAUUAGGGUGCCUGGCUCAUUCUCAGUGUGUUUCUCUCUCUCUGUGUCUCUCUCCCAUUCUCUCUCUCUCUUUCUCGCCACACGUUAAGUAAAUCCCCCCGACCUGGAUUAGAGAUUCCGAAGGAUUUACGCUCCCGACUGACACUGAGAGGCAGCCUUUUGAAUUCUAGCCGAAGAACGAAGAGAAAGGACAUAUAAUACAGGCGCACCUUGUUGUCAACUGAGAUGGAGGGAUAUUGAAGAGAAGGCGAGCUGAGAGAAGAGAAGGUUGUUUGCUGUGGUGAGCAGCGCCAGAUUAUUGACUAACUGUUGACAGCAUUUGGAGAGGAGGAUUUUAUUCUCGCUCUCCCACCGAGAGAACUGCCUACUGAAAAGGCUCUGAAAGAAUGCUUUGGAAAGGAGCCAGCAGCAGAUAUUGUGAUGACUAACUCUCAGCAGUCUACCAAGGAAGCUGUACACUAAUCAGCUCUAUCAGCUCUAGAAGAAGCAGCCUUCCAAAUCGAAACCCCCCCAAAAAUCCCCCUUUUGACCUCAGUCAUACGUUAAGAUGUCCAUGUCGCAUUUGCAUUGGCUUUGCCAGCCAGAGGGAAAACAGACCUAACUCUACCUGAGCAAACGUAGCCGGGGCAUUCAAUCGCCGUUUCGCAAUUGAGAGAAGCAAACGGGGAACCGGCGGCGUGCACCCACAAUCCUUCAGACAUGAGCGCCUCAGUGAUGACAAGUGGCCUUUUUCCCAUGUCCUUCCCCGUGUCCUCUGCGCUGAUGCGGUACGCGGAGGCUGCCCAGGAGCCAUGCCCUACCACGGACCAGGCCCCCAUCCACAGCGGCGAGACGGUGAACGAGAAGAAGAAAGAGGGGGAGAGUGUUGUGUGUAAGAGCCAGCAGCAGGCCUCCCUAUCCUACCUGGUGGAAGAGUUCUUCUGUAUUGGCAGCAGAAUUGUGUCCUUCUCCAUGUGGAGGCUGGGAGACAUGGUGGAGAAAUGCAUGAGCUCCAUGCAGACAGGGACCCAGAUGGUGAAGCUCCGCGGCGGCUCCAAGGGACUGGUGCGCUACUUCUACCUGGACCAACACAAGUCCUGCAUCCGCUGGCGGCCUUCUCGCAAGAACGAGAAGGCCAAGAUCUCCAUCGACUCCAUCCGAGAGGUGUGCGAGGGCAAGCAAUCUGAGAUCUUCCAGCGCUACUCUGAGGGCAGCUUCGACCCCAACCGCUGUUUCAGCCUGUAUUAUGGCGAGCGCUUGGAGUCCCUGGAUCUAGUGUCCAGCACAGGCGAGGAAGCACGCACCUGGAUCACUGGCCUCAAGUACCUGGUGGCGGGCAUCAGCGACGAGGACAGCCUGGCCAAGAGGCAGCGCACCCGUGAUCAGUGGCUGAAGCAGACAUUUGCGGAGGCGGAUAAGAACGGCGAUGGCAGCCUGAGCAUCAGCGAGGUCCUGCAGCUCCUCCAUAAACUCAACGUCAACCUACCCCGCCAGAAAGUCAAGCAGAUGUUCAAGGAGGCAGACACAGAUGACAACCAGGGCACCCUGGACUUCGAGGAGUUCUGCUCCUUCUACAAGAUGAUGUCGACACGCCGCGAUCUCUACUUGCUCAUGCUCACCUACAGCAACCACAAGGACCACCUGGACAGCAUCGACCUGACCCGCUUCCUGGAGGUGGAGCAGAAGAUGACCAAGGUGACCAAAGACCAUUGCCUUGAGAUUGUGAACAAAUUUGAGCCCUGCUCCGAGAACCAGAAGCAGGGAGUUCUGGGUAUUGAUGGUUUCACCAGCUACAUGCGCAGCCCGGCGGGGGACAUCUUCAACCCGGAGCACUACGAGGUGACCCAGGACAUGUCGCAGCCGCUCUGCAACUACUUCGUCGCCUCGUCCCACAACACCUACCUGAUGGGCGACCAGCUCAUGUCCCAGUCCCGCGUCGACAUGUACGCCUGGGUGCUGCAGGCCGGCUGCCGCUGCGUGGAAGUGGACUGCUGGGACGGGCAGGACGGAGAGCCCAUCGUCCACCACGGUUACACGCUCACCUCCAAGAUCCUCUUCAGAGACGUCAUCGAGACCAUCAACAAGUACGCCUUUUUGAAAAACGACUACCCAGUGAUCCUGUCCAUAGAGAACCACUGCAGCGUCCCCCAGCAGAAGAAGAUGGCCCAGUACCUGGUGGAGGUGAUGGGAGAAAAGCUGGACCUCUCAGCCGUCAAGGCAGACGAACAGGGCCACCUGCCCUCCCCAGACACCCUCAAAGGGAAGAUCCUCGUCAAGGGCAAGAAGCUCCCGCCGAACAUCGACGAAGACAACGAGGAGGGCGACGUGACGGAUGAAGACAGCGCAGACGAGAUGGAGGACGACUGCAAAUUGAUGAACGGAGAUACAUCCAUGACCAGGAAGCAGAUAGAGAACGUGGCUAAGAAGAAGCUGGACAACCUGCUGAAGGAGUCUAAGAUCCGUGACCGCGAGGACCCAGACAGCUUCACCAUCGCCACCCUGUCCCCCACCAAGCCCACCGAUCAGUCAGCCUCCAAGGGCAAAGGUGAUGAUGAUGCAGACACAGGGGACGAAGCCAACCCCAGCACCAACAAGCGUCUAGGCAGGAGCUUCAUGGGAAGUUUCUCCAAACGCAAGAAAAAGGCGGCCAAGCUGAAGAAGACCAACAGCCUCGAGGACACUGACACGGACCAGGAGAGCACCAGCAUGGCCUCCCGCGCUCCCUUACACCACAGCAGGAAGAAGAAAACCAUGAAGCUGUCCAGGGCUCUGUCAGACCUGGUCAAAUACACCAAGUCAGUGGGCGUCUCUGACAUAGAGACACAAGUCACGAGCUCCAGUUGGCAGGUGUCUUCUCUAAGCGAGACCAAGGCCCACCAGAUCAUGCAACAGAAAGCCGCCACCUUCAUCCACUUCAACCAGCGGCAGCUCUCACGCAUCUACCCCUCCUCCUAUCGUGUGGACUCUUCCAACUUCAACCCACAGCCCUUCUGGAAUGCUGGAUGCCAUCUGGUGGCGUUGAACUACCAGUCGGAGGGGAGAGUGCUCCAGCUGAACCGAGCCAAGUUCAACAGCAACGGCAACUGUGGUUACAUCCUAAAGCCGGCCUGCAUGUGUGAAGGUGUCUUUAACCCUAUGAUGGAGGACCCGUUGCCGGGGCAGAUGAAGAAACAACUGGUCCUGAAGAUCAUCAGCGGACAACAGCUGCCCAAGCCCAAAGACUCCAUGCUGGGGGACAGAGGAGAGAUUAUCGACCCCUUUGUGGAGGUGGAGAUCAUUGGUCUGCCAGUGGACUGCUGUAAGGAACAAACCAGGGUGGUGGAUGACAAUGGCUUUAACCCCAUGUGGGAGGAGACACUGGUGUUCACGCUGCACAUGCCCGAGCUGGCGCUGGUCCGUUUCCUGGUGUGGGACCACGACCCAAUCGGCCAGGACUUCAUUGGCCAGCGCACCAUUGCCUUCAACAGCAUGAUACCAGGUUUUCGCCACGUGUAUUUGGAAGGUAUGGAGGAGGCUUCCAUCUUUGUUCAUGUGUCUGUACAUGACAUCACUGGUAAGGGCAAGGUGGCCAGCGGCAUAAAAGGGCUGUUUCACAGAAACCCAAAGCAGGCUUCUCUCGACAGCCAUGUUGCUGCACAGCUCAGCCGUAAGCACCCGUUCGGAGCCCACCUGCUGCGCCGCACGGCCAGCGAGCCCACCAAGGGCGAGCCCAAGGUCAAGAAGGGUUUCCCAGAGAUCGCCAUCGACACCAAAGACUACAGCUCGGAAGGGGCCAGCGAGGACCGGGAGUCAGAGGACAGGGAUCUCAGCGCCUCAUCCCAGCCCCCGCAGCUCCACCAGCGCAACGGAGACGCCACGGACGCAGCUGCUCCCGCCACGCCACGCCAAGGCACCAACGGGCACCACAGCACCAACGGGGCUUUCAACCCUGAUGAGGGCAAAGACCAUUCCACAGGGCAGAGACCAGCUCCCCCUCGUUCACUGUUCAGGCCAAUCGCUGAAGAACUGGGUGACAGACAUCUCACUCGCUCCGCUUCUACUCCAGCAGACCACUCAUCAACACGUCACUCCCCACUUCCGCCCCUCCCUCCAGCCACAGCAAUAACCACCACCACUCCAUCCCCUGCUUCUAAUAGUGAGGCGGACAGUCCCGUCAACGGUAGGGGGGAGGAGAGUCCCGUCAAGGGAAGGGGGGUCAGCAAAAUACCCCCUAUCCUUCACAGGACCACCUCAUCUCCUGUCGUACCCGUCCCGGGGAAGAGACCGGACCCCAAAGACCUGACCCCCUCACAGUCCUGCAGAGACCCCCGGGUCAACAACGGCGCCUCGUCACCCAUGGAGCACGCUCCAAACCGAACGGAAGCACUGUAUACUCCGACAGACCACACAAAGGACGAUGCCGAGCGGAAGACUGAGACAAGGGCAGAGUCUCCUGCUCUUCUCGCCGACCACUCUGUCUCCAGCCCUCAGAAAGUCCAGGUCCUGAGAACGAUGUUCGGCGGCAACCCGUCACGCACGCCCGUCAGAAGGACCAAAAGCGAGGGCUACGUGCGGUCAGCGGCUGGGGGGCAGCAGCAGGCAUCUGCCGUGCCGGAGGUGUGCACAGACGCCACCCUGAAUGACCGUCUGUGGAGCAAGCUGGAGCCCGAGCCGGGCAACCACCGAGACAGCGUGUCCUCGUCCUCCAGUAUCUCGUCCAACGACACCGUCAUUGAUCUGUCCCUGCCCAACCUGGCCAGGAAGAGCCUCGCCUGCCUGAACAGCGGGCCCUCCCCAUCUGACAACACCUUCCAGGACCCACCCUCCUGGGUCACCAGGCCACGCUCGGCCAUCACCUCUUUUGACACGCUGCGGGUCAGCAAGAGCAAGUCCAACCCCAACCUCCGGCAGGGCCACCCGGGGGAGCCAGAGGACGAGCUGCAGCCCAGACCCCUCGGAGCCCCCAGGGAGCCUCCAGUGGACUCACCCAGUAGAAUUACCCAGAGGAGGCACACCUGGAGCCGCCUCUAUAUGGAAGGGCUGAAACAGUCCUCCUCCCCAGCCAAGAAGCCCUCUGCAGCAGCAGUCCUUGCUGCUGCAGCUGCCAGCCCCCUGGAUACCGGAGCCUCUAUGUCCAAGAGCCUGGGGGACUUGACUUCGGAUGACAUCGCUUGCAAUUUUGACAGCAAGUACCGCAGCAUCAGCCGCAGCUUCAUCGUCAGGCCCUCCAGGAACGAUCCUCGACGAGGUCUCCAGAGGCCCCGGCCGCCAAGCGACCUGACAGAGCAGCUGAGAAGGCUGACGGAUGUGGAGCCCCUGACGGCACGUGACUUCGCCACCCAGGCACAGCAGGAGUCCCCGGAGGAGGCUGAGGAGGAACCCCCACUACGGAGAAUGUCCUCCCGGAGUCAGAGCAGGGUGCGCUACAUCGCCAACAGGGCCAAGGAGGCCCAGGAAAGGAAGAGGCUGCAAGGUCUCAACCAGCCCCAACUAGCUGCCGGCGCCACUAGCAUUAGCAUUUUCGGAGGCGGUAGCCCUAUUGAAGAGCGGGGUAACCCGGAGGGGGCGUGCUGCGUAGCCCAGAGCCCCUGCACUAGCUUGGACCUGUUAAGCCAGCUCAGCCCCCCGGGGCCGCCCCCCAACAGACAGUCCCAGACACAGUCCCAGACCUCCCCGAACUCUGACAACAAUGAGGUCUUUUUCAUGCUCAAGCUCUGAGAAUCAGAUUUAUUUUGGACCGGACCGUGAGAGACACUGAAGCAAAACUAAUUUAGAAUUCCAUCCAGCUUUCUAGGAAGGGGAAAUUGUCAUUUAUAAAGAAAGGGAAUUCUGUAUAUAUUGACAGGAUGCAUUUUUAAAUGUGUUUAAUCAAGCCCUGAAUAAUGCUACUUCUUCCAGAAACUUACAGAUACAGUCACAAGCACAGUUUUACUCUGGUCAAUGUUUUAUUUUCACUGCUCAGUAACUCACCUAUAAACUUUGAACAACUAUACGCCAAGCUGGUCACAAAGGAUGUGCAAGUAAUUUUUCCAACAAAGUGACCACACGUACACACAAAUAAUAGAAACAGUGGUGAGCUGUCUUAUGAAAGCGUCCUUUACCAAUACAGUCAUUUGUUUGCACCAAAUUAGGAAUACUGAAAUGUAAUUGGAAAAACAAAUCUCUACAAUAGUUUUUAUAUGCUUGACUGUUCAGUGACUUCCACGUUUUGAGUAUUCAUUGUGAGUUGAGCUGAUCCCAAAGUAGCAAUAGACAAACAUUAGUGGAGUUUUUUUUAUAAUUUUUUUUAUUUUUUAUUUAAACUUUAUUUAACUAGGCAUGUCAGCUAAGAACAAAUUCUUAUUUACAAUAACGGCCUACAAGAGUCUGAUUAGAAAACCUUUUUUAAACUUGAAAUUGAAUGAUAUAUACUGUACUUUUAAACCUUAAGAUUGAAUAAUAAACUGUUAACUCAAUAUAUAUCACCAGUAGCCCAGCCAUGUGCAAGCAAUAUUUUAAAAACAGCUAUUAGUGUAUUGUAUUGCAGAUAAUGUAGAUGACGGAUUUUCUUCAAGGUUGUUUAGCCAAGGGCCCAUGCAGAAUCUUUACUAAAAACAACAAAGUAAGUAAAAAGACAAUAACAACAAAAUCCAAAACAUGUCUUUUUAACCCAACUUUUUUUUAUUCUGUGCGUACAGUGAAGUGUGAUUUGAGUGAGCUGCCCAUGAUUUAGCAAGUUUUUUGUUUUUACCAUGUUAUCCUAUUUUUUUAUUUGACUGCAUGUAUUUUAAGCACAGUAUCAUAUGUCUAAUUAUUUUAUUAUACAAAAAAAAAGUUCAAUGGGACCUGAUAUUGUGACUUUUAUUUCUGUGUUCAGGCUGUUGAAUGAUGUGAUUGGUCACGUUUGUACUGUACCGUUUGUACUGCCAUGUCAGUUCCCUGCAACUUUUUAGGAACCAUCAUUUUUGAAGUAAAAACCAGAUGUCAUUAUGAACUGAAUAAAUAUCUCUUCUGUAUAUUACACAAGCAUAUUUCUUUUUAUCUUUAUUCAGUCGGAUUGGACUCUUGUUCAGACAUUGGACUCUUGUCUCAAUGUUCGGACCAAAGAUUUAUCUUGGAACAAAAUGGGCAGCCAGAUGAAAUGAUCUUUACAGAAGUUGACAUGUAAAAGCACUCGGCCUUGGCACGGCGGCUCCCCUAGCUGCCCUAAUUAUGGACCUCCUGGCUGGGUUGUAUUGACCAGCCAUCACCUCUCCCAACCUCAUUGGCGUAGUUCACAAGACUCCCUGAUGGGGAGAAAUGUUGCAGAACAAUGUCUCUGGCCACAAUACAUGCCCAGCCAAGAAAAGAAAACAGAAGAACAUGCUUUCCGUUACAUUUGCCAUCCAAGAUUUUGGAAGAUAAAAUGUUGUGGUCACACUUUUAGUAAACUACAACUUUUAAGGCUUAAAGCCCUCAUAAACCCCUCAUAAGGCCUAGAUAUAGUGGCUUCAAAAGUCUUCCAGGAACUUGCCAUGCUUGGCAAAGCACCAGAUGUAAGGGUAUUUUAUAUAACCCUUUAUGUAUGACAUCGCUUAUAACUCAUUUCGGCAAGCAUUUGUGUAGUGCUUAUGAAUGCUUUAUGACUGCUCUAUAAAGCCUGCAUCAUGACAACGUUUAAUGAUGAUUAAAACCGGUAAGCCCGUUAAA